CUAUCUAUAUACCUAUAUACCUAUAUAUCUCUAUAUCUCUAUAGACAUUUCCCUCUCUCUUUCUCUUUCCUUUUUCUUUUCUUUUUUAAUAUACAUAUUAAUUCUAUUCUCGCCAUUAAUAUUUACUAUUCUUCUUUUCCUUCAUGGCACCAACCCAGUGUUCCGAUCGAGACUACCUCUUGAGCCUACGCUCCGUUCGUGAACGCUGCUUCAAGGUUCAGGAAGCAGCAGUCAAACAAAGGCUACAUCAUUUCGAUGUCGACCAAUCCAAGUUAGAAGAUGUGAUCCACUUUGUCAUAUCCCUCAUCAAGCGAGACUUCCCAAACCCCUCACACAUCCCACCUCACGGACGCUGGCGUCACUUUGAUGUCGGAGGACGUCCUCGGAUCCAAACACUCAUCAAUUCAUGGGCUAGUCUCGGCGAACCCCCAAUCGAACAGACCAGACGGGUUCUGGACUUGUUCGUUGUUUCCUGUCUUUUGGAUUUCGAGGCCUGUCCUACUUGGUCCUACAGAGAAAGAACGACUGGUCGAGUGCACAAAAGAACCGAAGGCUUGGCUGUGGCUGUGUUGGAUCUGUUUAUGGCAGGUGGAUUUUCGAGUGAUCUUAGCAAGCCUCACAGAGUUGACUCUGAGGGCCUUAUCAAUCUCACAUUACCUACCCUUUUGCAAGCUUUCCAAGUCGAGAGCCAAAAUUAUCUGGCGGGUAUUGAAGACAGACUUUGUCUCCUGAACCACCUAGGACAUGUGUUGCAAAGAAAUAAAGAUUAUUUUGGAAGCGGAACUGUACCACGUCCAGGCAACCUCAUGGAUUAUCUUCUCGAACACCCCACAACAAUUAAGACCAAAAAGGGACCUCUCAUCCACCUCGAAACAAUUUGGCCAGUUGUCCAGGAAAUGGGCGAGUUCUGGGCAGCAGAGGACAAUGGUAAAGGCGGCACUCUAGGUCUUGGAGAUGUCUGGCCAUGCAGUGCAAUCAAGACGAGUUCAAAUCCACAAUCGACCGACCAUAUGGUGUCCUUUCACAGACUGUCUCAGUGGCUAGUCUAUUCGCUUAUCGAGCCGAUGCAGAAACUACUUGGAGCAACUAUCGAAGGCACAGAUCUCCUGACACCUUUACCAGAUUAUUGUAAUGGCGGUCUAUUGAUUGACACGGGAUUUAUAAGUCUAAAGAAAGCAGACUACGAACGUGGUAUUACAAACUACCGAAUAAAUUCUCUUCUUCCUGGCCAGCCCAAGAUUGAAGUGACGCCAAUGUUCGAUAUGUGUGAUCCUGUAGUUGUCGAAUGGCGGGCACUGACGACAGCUUAUUUGGAUUUGGUGGCAGAACGCGUGCGUGACACACUGAGGCUAAGUAGAAAAUCACUGUCGCUGGGCCAGUUAAUCGAAGGCGGUACAUGGAGUGCUGGACGCGAACUUGCCGAAAUAUCUCGACCAAAUACCCACGAGCCACCUAUUGUUGUAAAGAUGGAAUUUCGUGUUAUUUUCUGAUUCAACUACUUUAUCCUAAUAUUUUUUUUUAUUAUUAUUAUCGUUAUUAUUUAUAUUAUUUAUAUUAUUAUAUUUAUUAUUUUUUUCUUAAAUACACACUACACCCACACUACACCCACCUACCUACCUAACCAACCAACCAACCAACCAACCCACACUAUAUAUAUAUAUAUAUAUAUAUAUAUAUAUAUCUGUGUGUAUAUACUCACAUAUAAUACGCCUUUUUUCUCUCUAUAUUUCUCUUUAUCCUUUUGUCGUCAUAUAGAAUUUGAAUCCAAUGAAGCAUAAUUCUUUUUUGUCCCACAGACACUGAAGAUCUACACCAUCUUGGACAAUAAAUAUAUAUGUAUCUUG